UUUCAAAUCCAUUCGAACUGAUUGAUCCUCAGCUCCAUCUUUGCUUGGAUGGAGCUGCCGGACCGAUGGAGGGAUCGGCUGCAGACUCCGAACCCAAAGAGGAGGAGCAAGAGGAGGGGGCGGCCACGGCCACAGGACCCACAGGAAUGGCAAGACUGUGCCUCAGAGCAUGAGGACGCCCAGGCCACCGAGGCCACCGAGGCCACCGAGGCUGUCGAGGCUGAGACGGUGCCGGUGCCCGGAGAGUCUCCGGACCCUGGUCCUUCGCGGCCGCUCUUGCCCUCGCUCGCCUCCGCCAGUGAUGCGAGCCAUCGCAUCUGGCGGAAGCCCCAUCGGAAGUGCCGGGAAGAGACGGACGAGACGAAAGAGUGGUAUCUGCACAAACGCCACGUCCUGGUCUUCACCUACAGUGGGAAGCCGGUCUAUUCCCGAUACGGAGAGGAGGACGGUCUCAGUGGCACCACUGGGGCCUUGUCGGCGAUCGUGUCCAAGAUGGCGAAGUUCUUCUUCAACGGCACCUCUUCCAGCGACUGCUUGAGGUAUAUGUUGGCUGGCGAUCACGUCUUUGCCUUCUUGGAGAAGGGCCCAUUGUGGUUAGUGUGCAUUUCCUGCACCGGGGACCUCUAUGCUGACUUGGUGGGCCUUCUUGAGCGUGUGCAUAUGCAAAUCAUCACCAUCCUGACGGCGGGCAUUGAGAAGACCUUGGUGAACCGGCCCAACUACGACAUGCGAGGUUUGCUCGGAGGUACUGAACAAGUGGUGAACAAUAUCAUUCGAUGGUGCGCACAGGACAUGCUCUUGCAAUGCGAGGGCGUCGAGCCACUGCCUUUGCCUCCGAGCAUUCGCGCCAUCGCGGCGGAGGCCCUGAAAUCUGCUCGACUGCCAAAUGUCCUCUUCGCAUUCUUAAUGGCAGGACAGCGUCUGCUGGCGGCGGUCUCCAACAGGCAAUUCCAGAUGAGCUCGCUGAACUUAGGGAUGGUGGUGAACAUCAUCAUGUCCUCAGCAUCCUUGCGAACGGGCGAGUCCUGGAUCCCGGUCUGCCUGAGCCGCUACAACGACAAGGGCUUCGCCUAUGCCUACAUUUCCUUCAUCGAAGGAUCUGAAAUCGGAGUCGUGUUCCUUUCCACGGCAUCGGAUGGUGAGCAGUUCUAUGCCAUAUCGCAGCAAGCAGCUGCUGUCAAGGAGACCUUGCAGCAGCUGGGGGAGCCUGACUGCUGGGUGGGAUGGAUCGCCAAUGAAGCCGCCCCCCCCAACGAAGCCAAUCUAUUGCUCAGGGAGGCGACUUCCAAGACGGAGGCGACUUCUGAGACGCAGGCCGCGGAGUCCCCGCUCGCGGCCAGUCCCGAGAGCCGUGGAGGACGUCGAGCGGCGCUGCUGGCGACUUGGCGCCGGCCCUACCGCUCUCGACAGCGCGUGAAGAUGCUCUUCCGGAACUACGGGCGAUGUCGGCAGUUGAUGCGUACCGCGAAGGUGGGCGGGUGCUUCUAUGUGUCCAUGGCCGCGGACUAUCAGCUCUUCCUCUCUGUUCCUCGCGGCAUCUCCACCAGCGUCAUUGCUCAGUUCGGGCUCCCCGAGAGACCACACAGCGAAUCCAAGGAGAAGACGGAGACGACUAAGAAAAAGUGGAAUCCAGUUUCUUGCACACCUCCAGAGGAGGCCAACAAGGAAUCCGAGCCAAAGCAGCUACGAAGAAAGGGGAAACAUCCACCCACCAAUACCGUCAAGGCGGUCCAAGCGCCGAACGAACGACACCGCGGGGAGUCGCUGACGUCGACAUCGAACGAAGCUGAACUUGGCGUUGCUAAAGCGGGGAGUCGACGCUGUUACGCCGCGAAAGAGGCGGAGACACCUGCCAAGGUGCCACCUGAGACGCCAGAGGUGGCUUUGGCGCCACCCAAACUUGGGAAGAACGGACGUCGAAGGGGAGGAGGAGCCGCAGACGCCGUUCGCGAGGGCCGGGACCGCGCGAGGGCCCGAGAUCCGCCUCACUCGAGGCGGCGGAUCCACGAAGUCGUCGUUGGGAUCCUCCUGGACGAUUUUCAACGCUUGCCCUACUGGCCCGAAAAGGAGCCCCUCGGUGCUGGCUGA